UUUUUUUUUUUUUAAAACAGAGGUUCACAACUGCCCCUUGUUUCUUCCACGUCUCACCAAACCGCAAAAAUGGCAACCAACUGCUUCUCUCCAACUUCCUUUAUGCACUUCCCUUCUAAUAAUCCCAAAAAUUCGCACAAAAAACUGUCACCCAUCCAUUGUUCACAAUCCAUCACAUCUCAAUCCCAAUCCCAAAAAAAACAUCUCCUCAACCUAAUAGCUGAUCAAGAACGUGGCCUUAAGACACAAUCUGACCCCCAAAAGUUGUCUGAAAUAAUCCAGGCAAUUGAUGAGUUGGCUAUUAUUGGACGUGACAGUGUCACCACUGGCAGUUCAUUGUCGGCCACGUGGCGUUUGCUUUGGACUACUGAGAAAGAACAGCUUUAUAUAAUCAAGAAUGUUGCACCCUUUUUUGGUACUAAUGCUGGUGAUGUUCUCCAAGUUAUUGAUGUUGAGAAAAGAAGUCUUAAUAAUGUUAUCACUUUUCCACCGGAUGGAGUUUUCUUUGUGAGGUCUACUAUUGAAGUUGCUUCUUCUCAGCGUGUGAAUUUCAGAUUCACAAGUGCGGUUCUGCGUGGAAAAAAUUGGGAAUUUCCUCUACCACCAUUUGGACAAGGGUGGUUUGAGACUGUGUACCUUGAUGAUGAGAUUCGAGUAGUCAAAGAUAUCAGGCAAGACUACCUGAUUGUUGAACGUGCUCCUUAUACUUGGAAAGAAUGAUUGCCGGAUUUGUCUUCUGCUUCUCUGUACAUAAAUUUUACUGAAUAUGGAGAUAAAACUUAAUCACGUUGACGUUCUGUAAUGCAUAGUUGUUGCAAUUGCUUGAGAGUGAGGGGGUUGCAGUAUAGAUAUCAAAAGUUAAAUUGUGCUUAUACUGCAAGUGUCAUUUUAUGUUGCUUGGGUUGUGAGUUGUGACACUAAAAGCUGGUAGAGAGCACCCUUUUUGAAGUUGAAACCUUGAAGCUGAUAUUCUGUAUUAAACACCAGAAUUGGAGGGUGUUGAAGGACACUUAAAAAAUUAGACUCCUAAUCUUUCGUCACUAUGGCAUCUGUGAACUAGUGUUGGGUGUUGAAGGACACUUGAAACAUGUGCAGGUUUCAUUUGAUACAUGACCGGUAAUCAGAUGCGUAUGUAUGAUCUAGAUUUUAGAGCUGGCGAGUUUAGAAUGAGUGAUCUUAUUAUGUAUCUAAAUUUUCAUUUGUUGAAUAUGUAUACCUAGUUUGAACCGAAAGUAAGGGAUUCAGUUGAGUCUAUAGAAUUUGUCCUAGAUACGCGGCUCGUAUGUUUCUUGAAGUAUGAACCCUCAAAAGUAAAAUAAUAAACACAAUCUAUUCUAUUAUCCUUUUCUUUAAA